AUGUGUUUAUCUUCAAUCCAAAAAGUCAUCAUUCUCGGGGCCACUGGCCACGUUGGUCCGCACCUUGUGUCGAUAUUCGACGCGGAUCCUCACUUUGAAGUUUCUAUCUUGAGCCGGGCCUCCUCAGACUGCAGUCAAUUUCCACCGCAUAUCCCCGUAUACCGCGUCAGCAAAAACUAUGACACAAGCGACUCGGAACUGGUCGAAAUCCUUCGAGGCCAAGACGCAGUCGUUAGCGCGAUCACGGAGCAAGCCAUUCCGCAGCAAAAAGUUGUUAUCGACGCCGCUAUCAAGGCCGGGGUGAAGUUCUUUGUGCCAUCGGAAUUCGGGCAUGAUACAAUGAAUGAGCAGGCGGCGCGUUUACUUCCGCCUUGUUAUGUCACUCAAAAACGGCAGAUUGUUGAAUAUCUCCAAACUAAAGAGGUUGAUGGAUUGAAAUGGACUGCCUUUGUAACUGGUCCAUUUUUUGAGAUUGCUGUUCCUCAUUUUCUGCUUGGAUCCGAUUUCCAAAGUAGACGUGCAACAAUCUUUGAAGACUAUGGCGAUCAUCCCUGGUCUACGACAACUCUUGACACCACUGCCAUGGCAGUCAAGAAUGCUCUGCUAGACCCGACCAAGAGCGCCAAUAAAUAUCUGCUCAUUGAGUCUUUCAAUGUCUCACAGAACAGUCUCCUUUCUGUACUGGAAAGGCUAACUGGGAAAAAAUGGGACGUGAGCCUUCAAGACUCCGAAGAGGAGAAAAUACUGGCAGUAGAAAAGCUCGCUCGUGGGAACUUCAGUGCUAUUCCGACCCUCAUGCGCUAUGUGACAUGUGUUGAAGGGUAUGGCGGAGACUACAUGAGAUAUGGACAAAAGGCAAAUAGCUUUUUAUCACUGGCCGAGGAAAGCCUCGAAAGCUCGUUGGAGAAGAUACUAGAAUAA